AUGGGCGACAAGAAGCGCAAGGUCGUCGAGGACCCUACCGAGCCCAUUGCUCCCGAGGGCAAGAAGCUGAAGAAGGAGAAGAAGGAGAAGAAAGAAAAGAAGGAGAAGCGCAAGGCUGAGAAAGAGACCAUCGAGGUCGCACCCGCCGAGACUGCCCCGGCGCAGGAUGAGGUGAAGGAGAAGAAGGACAAGAAGGACAAGAAGGAAAAGAAGGACAAGAAAGAAAAGAAAGAGAAGAAGGAAAAGAAGGCCGAUGCCGAGUCCAGCAAAGAGACCGAGGAAACCCCGCUGUUCACGAUAGACACGGAAGGCGACAAGGCCACCAAGGACAAGAUCUCGAAGGACAAGAAGGAGAAGAAGAAGCAGGAAAAGAAAGACAAGAAAGACAAGAAGGCCAAGGAGACUCCCCAGGAAGAGUCCGCAAACACCGACGAGGCCGCCGAAGAGACUGCCACCGGCACUGAAGACGCUGCAAACCAGAAGAACUCCCGCUUUAUCUGCUUCGUUGGCAACCUCCCCUACUCCGCAAACCUGGAGUCUCUCACAAAGCACUUCGAGAAGAAUCCUCCCGCCUCAAUCCGCGUCGCAACCAAGCCCGAGGCCCCUAAGAAGUGCCGCGGUUUCGCCUUCAUCGAGUUCGACAACUACGACCGCAUGAAGACCUGCCUCAAGCUUUACCACCACUCCACCUUCGACGACGGCAAGUACCCGCCUCGCCGCAUGAAUGUCGAGUUGACCGCUGGCGGUGGUGGUGCCAAUUCCGAGCACCGCAAAGAGAAGAUCAGAGCUAAGAACGAGAAGCUCAAUGACGAGCGCUCGCGCGACGCCAAGAAGAUCAACAAGGAUAAGAAGAAGCAUGAUAAGCGCCCCGCUGAGGGUCCUACUGGUGUUAAUGCCGUGGAGGUGCCCGAGGAUGACAAGUGGGCUGGUGUGCACCCCAGCCGUAGGCCGCGUGUGAUGCAGUAG